GUUUGCUUGGGGAAAACAACACACCGGGCAGGCAGCCACCCGAACAUCAGAACUCAGCUAUCACAGACAGCGGGCUUCAGCUCUGCAGGAGAACAGAGUAAUGGCUGAGAUCUCCCCUGAUGUCCUCUGCCAACAAGAUGGCACAUUGGGAAGGGACAUUGCUGUCCAGGAAAACCAAAACAACAGGACACCAGUGGACAAUCUAGCACUGACCUCCACCAACACUGACUUCGCCUUCAGCCUCUACAAGGAGCUGGCUUUGAAGAAUCCAGAUAAAAAUAUCAUCUUCUCUCCAUUCAGCAUCUCAACAGCCUUGGCCGUCUUGUCACUGGGAGCAAGGAGCAAAACCCUGCAAGAAAUUCUGGAAGGUCUCAAGUUCAAUAUCACAGAGACCCCUGAGGCAGACAUCCACCGGGGCUUUGGGCAUCUCCUCCACAUGCUCAGCCAUCCAGGUGACCAGGUGCAGAUCAGAACAGGUAGUGCCAUGUUUAUUGAAAAGCACCUGCAGAUCCUGGCAGAGUUCAAGGAGGAGGCAAGAGUGCUGUACCAGGCUGAGAUCUCCACAGCUGACUUCCAGCAGCCUCAUGAGGCCAAAAAGCUCAUUAAUGACUAUGUGAGCAAACAGACCCAGGGGAAGAUCAGUGAACUGAUCUCAGCACUGGAUAAUCAGACAUUAAUGGUGCUGGUGAAUUACAUCUACUUUAAAGGGAAAUGGAAGACACCUUUUGAGCCUCAUUUCACACGUGAGUCCGACUUCUACUUGGACAAGAAGAGGACUGUGAAGGUGCCCAUGAUGCACCAUAUGUUUCUGACCACACCCUACUUCCGAGAUGAGGAUCUGUCCUGCUCUGUGGUGGAGCUGAAGUACACAGGCAAUGCCAGUGCCCUGUUCAUCCUCCCUGAUGAGGGCAGGAUGCAGCAGGUGGAAGCCAGCUUGCAACCAGAGACCCUGAAGAAGUGGAAGGACUCUCUGAGGUCCAGGAAGAUUGAUGAUCUCUACAUGCCCAAGUUCUCCAUCUCCAGUGACUACAGCCUGGAGAACAUCCUUCCACAGCUGGGCAUCAAGGAAGUCUUCUCCAAGCAGGCUGAUCUGUCUAGGAUCACAGGGGCCAAGGACUUGAGUGUCUCUCAGGUGGUCCACAAGGCUGUGUUGGACGUGGCUGAGACAGGCACAGAAGCAGCUGCCGCCACAGGAUGCUGUCCUGUGGGAUCGGCUCUAAUUUUACAGCCUCUGAAAAUAUAUUUCAACAGGCCAUUCCUGGUGAUGAUCUCUGACACAAAUACUCAGACCCCACUCUUUAUGGCCAAAGUCACAAACCCCAAGGAAAACUAGAACUUCACAAGUGGUGAGGCUUCUUCCUAGAAGACAGGGGUUGAGCUUGUAUGUGGAUCUCUAUGUGCAUUUUGGCUUCCAAGCUAUGAUUGGCUGUGGCAUGCCUGGAUUGGACAGUGACAGUGACUAACUGUAUGACUCCCACAUACACAGAGACUGGGUACAUUCAGUGUCAGGCUCCCAGUACUCUUGGCAGCACUAGUUCAUGUUCCUGAGCUUGAACUCUGUCUUUGUAGCCCUGCCUGCUGCCUCUCCUGUAUCUGCUUCUACCCAAAUCCUGGGCCCUGGCAGGUAGGCUCAGUCACUAUCUAAGCUCUGGUUAUGUCUGCCUUCAUCAAAAGCAAGCUUGAUUGAACUAUGCAACUUUAUAGGUCAAUCAUGUAGAGCUCAGUCCCAAGACUGAGAUGGGAACUUGUCACCCUGAGUCUAUUUCCAGCAUUUGGGACCACUAUGUACCUAGUUCCUGCCUCAAACUUUCCCUCCUUCAGGCUCUGCCACCACACUGUCCCUGCAGGGGCUUCUGACCCUGCUCAUAUCUGGCACAUUGUUGGUUCCCAAAAUCCUGCAGCUUGCGGAAUCGGUUGGUCAGACCAGCUCCUUUCCCAUAGUACACCUACUUAGGGUAGAGGACCCUUUUUUUAGGUGCCCCACUGACCAACCUCACACUACAGAUGGACACCUCCACCUUCCUUGACGAAAAUGUAGGGCUUUGAGCAAAUGAUCAAUAAACGUAUAACUGCA